GUUACCGAAAUAUGAGCGAGCCGCGGGUGCCAGGCAUUGCCGCAGGGGCAGCGCUGGCGAGCCUGUUUUGGCUGCCUGUGUUUCUGUGCCUGGGGCAUCGCAGCCUCUUGAAAGCACCGGCUUCUGUAGCAUCCCUGGCCAGCGGUGCUGGAAAGGCUGCCGAGAACGAUAGGCCAGUCAUUGCAAUUCUGGCCAGCGACUGCGGUAUUCUUUUAAACUGCAGCUCCUACAUCCCUGCGUCAUAUGUGCACUUGCUGGAGCAAGGCGGAGCCCAGGUGGUGCCUCUUUAUCCCGGAAUGCCAGACGCCGAAUUUGACUACGUACUUUCACGCGUCAAUGGCGCGAUGACGAUUGGAGGUUUCUUCAAAAUGCACGGCAUCGCAGAGAAGCACACCCGGAAGUUGUACGACCACGUACUUGAGCUGGCAAAGACCGGCGAGGUCUUUCCCCUUUGGGCCACUUGUGUCGGCAUCCAUGACGUGGCCCAGAUGGCCACUGGCGCGGUGUAUGGCGAGUUCCUAAAUAGGACUUUUGCAGACAACCUUGCGCUGCCGCUGCAUCUGACGGGAAAGGCGGAGAGGCACCUCUUCGAUCCGACUCUGUUUCCAGGAUCCACGACUUAUCGCCAGUGGCUUCAAGAGGCGCCACUGACCUUCCACCACCACCUCUGGGGCAUCUUCCCAGAGACCUUCGAGAGGUUCAAGGCUUUGCGCGACAAGUUUGAUAUCGUUGCAACGGCUGUGGACCGCAAGGGGCAGGAGUUCGUUGCGCUGUUCCAAGGUCGUCAGCAUCCAAUUUUCGCUUCUGCAUUUCAUCCUGAGAAGCCCGCAUUCGAGUGGGGUCUGCACAAAACGGGCUUGCUCCAGAACACCCAGAUCCCUCACUCGCGCGAGGCCAUCCUCGUGAACCUGCAUUUUGGUGCUGCCUUCGUCCAGCAGGCCCGGCAGAACUUCCGAAAGUUCGAGCCUGGAGAACU